AUGCCUCCGAUUCCAGGUGGCACGCGGGAGCGACGUCGCCUGAUCUGCUACCAUCAAACACUGAUUCCCGGCGAUGGGCCAUACGUGUCUAUGCUCCCUCUUUUGGAGCACAAUACCGGCAUCACGCACGUUAUUCUUGCCGCUAUCCAUCUGAAUGAGGGACCGGGAAACAUCACGCUCAACGAUGACCCCCCUGAGAACCCUAAAUUCAACCCGCUUUGGGCGGAGGUGCCCCCCAUGAAAGAAGGCGGGGUGAAGAUAAUGGGAAUGCUAGGAGGGGCCGCUCAGGGUUCUUUCCAGCGUCUCGAUGGCAGCCUAGAGCAAUUCGAAGAAUAUUACGGCCCUCUACUAGCUAUUGUACGACGCUAUGGACUCGAGGGACUUGAUCUCGAUGUUGAGGAGGAAAUGUCCCUUCAGGGUAUCAUCCGGUUGAUCGACAGGCUGAAGAGUGACAUGGGUGAUAACUUCAUAGUUACCUUGGCUCCCGUGGCAGCUGCAUUGCUAGGAAUCGGCAAUUUGUCCGGGUUCGAUUAUCGAGAGCUGGAACAGGCGCGCGCUUCAAAGAUCGACUGGUACAACGCCCAAUUCUAUAAUGGCUGGGGCCCAGCCGAAGACCCGCGAAUGUAUGCCGCCAUCAUGGCUCAGGGCUGGUCUCCCCGGCGUGUGGUCUAUGGACUACUGACGAACCCUGGAAAUGGAUCACAGGGGUAUGUGUCUCGAGAGAAGAUCAGUGUCGUUCUGGCGACUUUGGUCGAACAGUUCCCGAACUUUGGUGGUGUGAUGGGCUGGGAGUAUUUCAAUGCAAUGCCAGGCGGGCACGAGAAACCAUGGCAGUGGGCAGCGGAUAUGUCGUUGAGUAUGGGAAUGAAGGACGUAGUGGUUGCAGCUCGUCAAGUGUUGGCGGCUGGCCCGAUGGCCAAUAGUUUAAACAAUCUGCUGCAGGAUAUGAUGAACCAAGGACGUGGAUUAUGA